AUGAAACUCUGGUUUGAAUUUACGCACAAGAAACAGAGCGGUGGGGCAGGCCAGUAUGGCAAAGUCAUAGGGGUCCUCGAGCCUCUGGAUCCAGAGGACUACACAAAGCUGGAAUUCGAGGACAGGACCAUUGGCACAAACAUCCCCAAACAGUUUGUGCCUGCUGUGGAGAAGGGAUUCCGAGAUGCCUGCGAAAAAGGUCCCAUGUCAGGGUACAGGAUAUCUGGACUCCGGUUUGUCCUGGAUGACGGUGCACAUCACAUGGUGGAUUCUAAUGAAAUCUCCUUCAUCAGAGCAGGAGAAGGAGCUCUAAAGCAAGCCAUGGAGAAUGCCUCUGUGCGUAUACUUGAACCCGUUAUGGCAGUGGAGGUGAUGGCACCCAUCGAGUUCCAAGGAGCAGUGACAGCUGGCAUUAACCGCCGUCACGGAGUGAUCACGGGACAGGAUGGCACCGAGGAUUACUUCACUCUCUAUGCUGAGGUACCACUGAAUGAUAUGUUUGGAUAUGCCACCGAGCUGAGGUCUUGUACUGAGGGAAAAGGUGAAUAUACCAUGGAGUACUGUAAAUACCACCCAUGUUUGCCCAGUACCCAGGAAGAAAUAAUAAACAAAUACCUUGAGGCCACGGGGCGACUUCCCGCGAAAAAGGGCAAAGCCAAGAGCUGACUUUCUUCUCCUUGAGCACAUUGAACAGUUUUUCACAAUCUCUAAGAGCUCAGUUGCC